GCGCCGGCAGUUCACUCAGCCGAGACCCUCCUCCUGGCCACGGCCGAGCUGUGCCGCGGCUUCAACUUGCGAGACCUUCCAGCUCUCGCGAAGCUUGGUGACCGGCUGACGGCUCUCCAGGUGCCCGGAAGCGAGCUGCUCCGAGCUGGCGUGGCUUUCUCGGAUCUGGGCGUGCUACACCCGCCCAUCUUUCAGAGCAUGGCCAAGGCGUUGCUCGGCGCAUGGCCGGAUCCCUUCUCGGCCUCGGAUGCGGCGCAGCUGGCCCGAGUCUUCGCUGUGCAGAGGUUCCGCCAGGAGGAGAUCUUCGCUCGAAUCGCCGUCUGCCUCCGUGGAGGUGUGGAAACCUUGUCACCGGAGGAAGCUCUCAGCCUGCUGCACUCCCAUGCAUUUCUGCGCUUUUGGCCCUCCGAACACAGCGAGAUGAGCGAGGAGCUCUGGGGCGCCCUCGAGCUGCAAGCCCUGUCAGCCGAUUCCCCGCGCCCGGAGCUUUUCUUGCAGCUGUGCCAGAUCCUCUUCCUCGCUCAACGAGACAAACCCGACCUGCCAAAGGUCCUUUCACUGCUGGAAAGAGCUUCUGCCCAACUCCACCAGCGCUCCCCAUGGAGACCUUCGCUCCGGCGGCGAGUGCUACUCCUCCGGAGUGCCCUGAGGUACUUACACCGCGAGGCCUACACCCAGCUGCCCAAAGCCGUGCAGCUGAUGUUCCGAAAAGCGCAUCGCAUGGAACCUGAAGCGCCAUCCAAGCAUGUGGUUCUCUUUGUCCGGAAGCUCAGCGAAGCUUUGACAAAGUUGAAGAUUGGCCACGUGGCCCAGGCAGUUCGCGGUCCUUUCACCUUCGACAUCGUGGAGCGCGAUCGCAAGAUCAUCUACGAGUGCAAUCAUUUCGAUCGGUUCUACAUGGCUUCGACGGAAAAGAUUGCAGCCAGGUGCUUGCAGGAGCGCAUUGCGAAAGCCAUGGGCUACCGAGUGAUUCAGGUGCCGCACUGGCACUGGAACAAGAUCAAGCACCGACGUCAGCGGAUCGAGUACAUCCGCAUGUCCAGGUACUACGCUCUGAAGGACCUCCGGGAACUGGCUCCCCGCGAUGCCCCCGUGCGUGACCUGGCCGAGAACGAGCUGGACUACUUGGGUGAGUACUUCUUUAAGAAGGACAGGCCAUCGUCACCUUGGUCCUGGUUUCAGCCACGUUACGAUGCCAGCAAGCGCCUACCGGCCGCGUCUGGAACGCUGUAG